AUGCCGUCUGUGGUACAUGCGCCGCUGAUCAACACCACUGGCUUCAUGUUUAGAGAGAAGACCACAGAGUCUGUAUCCGCUUUCACCGCUGUGAAUGGAAGAACGUCGCCGCCCACGCCACGCAACCUGAAUGGUAUGAACGGCAUGUCCGCUGAUAGCAUACACGUGAGAACGCUCUCUCGACCGACUCCUGAGCAGACGCAGGAUCAGAAAGUCCCGCUGCCCGGACGAGACCACUGGAAUUCCACGCCAAGGGUGUCUGAGAACGGAUACCCAAACGGCCAGCACUCGGUAUCUCCCUCGCUUUCCGACCAAGACAGGUCCCCUCGUAGCCCCGGAAAGAGGAAGCGAUCGAGCUCAGUCGAGGACGAUCGCUCCUAUCCCUCACCGGACGACUCUUCAGUAUCCCGCCAGCGCUUGGACUCGUACGCAUCUGUUGGCAGAGACGACUCCCCGAAUACUGCUGUCCAGGCCCAGCAAUUAGCCAUGGACCACUCUCAGCCGCGGGCCCGCCCUGUAAUGGAUAGACCAGAGUCUGAGAGGCCUUGGGAUCCGUCGCAAGCCACAUCGCAUCACGGCUAUCAGGAGACCCAACGUCGAGAACCACGCCUUACGGAACAUCCACAGGAGGGUAUGCACCCCAAUUCGACUUCUCAGUCCCAGGCGAGCGCGGUUGACGCGUCGAAUGGGCUCGAGAGGUCAAACACGACCGAAAUCACUCGCGCCGGUGUCCAAGUAGAUCCAAAGAAGAGGAAGAGGCAAUUCGCCAACCGAACGAAGACUGGCUGUGGGACAUGUCGGCGGCGAAAGAAGAAGUGCGACGAGGCGAAGCCUGAGUGCAACAACUGCCAGCGCGGAGGAUUUAUCUGCGAAGGCUACGCAAACAAAGUUCCAUGGCCGAAGAACGGCGCGCAGAAGCCCCACCCUCCUCUGCAAGCCAAGGAUCGCUUUUCCGUCGAUCCCGCCCAACUCUAUCACAGCCACGGAACCAACCGGGAAAGCUACCACGACACCAACACAGCCAAUGGAGCCGAUGGCGGCCGCGGGCGACCGAUUGUCGUCGAGGAGCAUGACCGUCAACCUGCGAGAAAUGGCUGGGGUACUUCGUGGAGCGAAGCGCGCGCCUCGUAUCCGCCGGAGCAACACCAACCCCCAGAGUACACUCAGCCACCGCCCACGUCAAGCCAUGGCAGGCCCCCAUCAAACGACCACCAUGUGCCACAUCCCACCCAAGCGCCGCCUCCACCACGACAACACAAUCCACGAAUCUACCAUCACACGCCACAAACCAUGAGGGAAGUGGUGAACACAUCUCCCAUCGCAACAGCAGAGGCUGCGUUACACCACCAACCUCAGCAGCACCAACAGUUGAUGGCUCCCCCAACUGCCGGUCCUCCCGCGCUGCCACCGGCCCAUUAUGCUCCACCACCGCCCAGGCCACCAAGGAGCGAGAAGGAGAAGAUGCUGAAUAGUGAACCAUUCAUGCCAUUCAGCCAGCAACUGGUCGAAGAGCGCGAGAAAUGCAAAGGCGCUUUGUACCGCUACAAUUGCACUAGCAACGAGCGUGUGGAGAUUGCCCGCGACGAGGUCGACCGACACUUCCGCUCCAUUCUAGCGGCGAAAUGGGUGCUGCCUCCCCGCGGGUCAGAGCCUUCCGUGAGCGCCCACCUCGGACGCGAAGUCUGUGUCGAUCCGCCCUUUAUGUGCGAUUACGGAUACAACCUCUCGAUUGCGGACAGAGUCGACAUCGGAACGGGUUGCACAUUCCUCGAUUCUGCAAGGAUCACCAUUGGGAGGGAUACCACUAUCGGCGCCAACGUCACCAUCGAGACGCAGAAGACGCCGACCGAUUCCAAAAUUCCAAAAGGCAGUCGCCGCACUGCGAUCGCCCACUCGGUCCACAUUGGAGAGGAGGUCUUUAUUGGUGCCAACUGCACCAUCCUUGCGGGCGUCAAGAUUGGCAGGGGAGCCAUCAUUCACCCCGGUUCUGUGGUCGUUCGGGACAUCCCACCUCAUUGCGUUGCUCGUGGUAACCCUGCCGAAGUUCGAAGCGUCAAUUGGGACGACUAA